UGUCUUCGUUUUAUGUGUGUGGGAAUAAAGUAGCUUGUAGUUUGAUAUAAGCGAGCAGAGAGUCGCUGUUGACAAGUUUCUGAAACGGGCUGCGUGUCGGGUGUCUUAGCUUCAGUUGGUGGGGCGGUUGUUUCUGUCUGUAUGCACUCUCCUGAAAAGGAAAACACCAUCAGCCAUGUCCGCCGUCAGCAGCUCAAACACAGCCUUUGCCUUGGAGCUGUUCCGCACUCUGAGCCAGACAAACCCUGCUGGGAACAUCUUUGUCUCUCCUCUGAGCAUCAGCUCAGCCCUGGCCAUGGUCUACCUGGGAGCUAAAGGAGACACUGCAGCUCAGAUUGCUCAGGCCCUCUCAUUCAGCUCAGGUGAAGGCGUCCAUGCAGACUUCCAGAAACUGAACGCUGACAUCAACUCACCGUCUGCAUCCUACAUCCUGAAACUAGCCAACCGUCUUUAUGGAGAAAACACUGCCCACUUCCUCCCAGACUUCCUUGAAGCCACACAGAAGUACUACCAGGCAGACCUGAAGGCUGUGGACUUCAUCGGAGCUCCAGAGGCGUGCAGAGCAGAGAUCAACAGCUGGGUCGAGCAGCAGACAGAAAAUAAGAUAAAAGACCUUCUGAAGCCAGAAACAGUCAACGCAGAUACCAGACUGGCUCUGGUCAAUGCUGUCUACUUCAAGGGCAACUGGAGGAACCCAUUUGAGGAGGCAAACACCAAAGAGAUGCCCUUUAAAAUCAGACAGAAUGAGACCGUACCAGUCCAGAUGAUGUACCAGUGGAAGAAGCUUCCCUACAACUACAUUCCUGACCAUGAUUUGCAGAUCCUGGAGCUGCCCUAUGUGGCUGAGGAGCUCAGCAUGUUCAUUCUGCUGCCUAAGGAGUCCUCAGAUGGCUCAGACCCUCUGCUGAAGCUGGAGAAGGAGCUAACACAGGAGAGACUGAAUGAAUGGACCGACAGGAAAAACAUGAGCACCUAUUCAGAAGUUGUCCUUCACCUGCCAAAGUUCAAGCUGGAGGAAGACUACAAGCUGAAUGAACCUCUGGCUAAACUGGGUAUGAAGGACGUGUUCUGUGCAGGAAGGGCUGACCUGUCUGGCAUGAACGGUGAAGGGGGGCUCUUCCUGUCUACGGUGGCCCACAAGGCCUUUGUGGAGGUGAAUGAGGAGGGCACAGAGGCCGCAGCAGCCACAGGUGCUGUGAUCACCGCUUGUUGUUAUAUACCGGACACACACUUCAGAGCAGAUCACCCCUUCCUUUUCUUCAUCAGACACAAUAAGACCAAGUCCAUCCUGUUCUUUGGCAGAUUCUCAUCUCCUCAGUAGACAGAAGCAGCAGAGGAAGAUGAUGUUGCAAUUCCAAUAAAUACAUCUCUGAAAUAAAGCACAUUGAGUUUUGUGUUGUGAUGUUUUGCUAAUUAUAAAACUGUAUUUUUCACUGAAAUAUUAAACUACUUAUCAGACA